UGAAACGACUCGGUUUCUCGUACAAGCAGACUUCCAAAGUUCCUGUUCCUUUGGAUGCUCCUUCUUUUGUCUCUCAGAGGGCUGCUUACUUUCGUCGUAUUGAUGAUCUACGAGCAUCGGGAGCACAUAUUUACUGGCACGACGAAACAUGGGUUAAUGUUGGAGAAGAAAAGAGAAGUAUAUGGUUGGAUGAAGCGAAUGUUGGUCGUAUUAGAAAAGGGGAUGGCAAGGGUAAAAGGCUGGCAAUAUCGGCAAUGAUUAAUGAAGAGGGGUUCCACAAGGAUAGUGUUGACAUUUUUACCUGUGCAGUUGAUCACAAUAUGAAUUCGAAGCAUUUUCUCGAAUGGAUCUCAAGAUCUGCUUCACAACUUCGACAAAAACAUAGCAAGGAUGAACGAAUUGCACUUAUUAUUGAUAAUGCCACCUGGCAUAAUGUUCUCACGGUCGAAUCAUCUCCUCCGAAAAGAGCAUGGCCAAAAGCAAAAUUACACCAGUGGCUCAAAGAUCAUGACAUUCCUUUCGAUCAAAGGAUGAAAAACAGCGAACUACGCGACAUUGCCUUUAGUCAUGUACCACGAAAAGAAUACUUGACAAACAUUGCUGCAAGUGAAUUUGAUGUGGAAAUUAUUCGACUCCCUAUCAAGCAUUGCUGCUUCAACCCUAUUGAACUAUGCUGGGCUCAAUUAAAAGGCCAUGUAAGACGCCACAACACCUCCUUCAGACUCAGUGAUAUUCAACGACUUUCUAACGAAUAUAUUGACUCAUUAAGCGACUGCUCUCAAUACAUCGAACAUGCCAAGAAAGCCGAAGAUGUUUUUAAACUCGGUGAUAAUUUCGUAGAAGAAACUAUUGAUCCUGAACUGGUGGACGAAGAUGAGGAAGAGGAGGAUCCAUUUUGGAUAAAUUCUAACGAUGAAGAAGACUCAUGA